AGCUGCAUUUUCAAAAUAUGAAGCUGUCAGGCGUACAGCCAAACGUACUUAGAGCAUUUAUGAUGUCGAGAUCACUUUACACCGAAGCUAUUGGGAAAUGCAUUCACAAUCGUUCUGAUGAUUUACAACAGGGAUUUUUUAAAGCAGUUUGUCUCCUUGACACUAAUCUGUGGCCGACUGACCGAGAUGAUCUUGCACCCUUUGAUGUAGCUGAUGUGUCUCUUGCUGUAAAGCACUUCCGUUGUCUUCUAUUAAAGAACAACGUAUUGCUGGAUGGGGUAAUGACAGACUGGACCUUCUUCAAGAUGUACUGGAUCGAUAACUUGCGACACCAUCCAAAAAAUACUGUAUGGUCACUGCUUCUGUCCCAGUACAAAGAGAAAUUUCCAAACUUUGUGCAAUUGGUGUGCAUACUGCUGGUGUUUCCAGUCAGCAAUGCCCUAGUGGAGCGUGGUUUCAGUGCUAUGAGGAGGAUAAAAAGUGACUGGCGAUCAAGUCUUAGUGAAGAUGCCGUAGAUCACUUGAUGAGGAUUAGCGUUGAUGGUCCGCCAUUGGCACAGUUUGACCCUACACUUGCAGUCCAACAGUUCUUCAACACUCCAAGGAGGCCACACGUUCAGCCAUAUGGUUAAAAAAAAGUUAAUGAAUAGCAUAUUUUGCUUCUAAAGUUUGAAUGGGCAGGGUGCACUUGCUACUAUUCAAGUAACUUCGUUUCCAUUUAGCUAAAGGGAAUUGUGUUAUAAUAACAAAUUUAAUAGUAUCAUCACUAUUCACAGUUUGGCACUGACUAUGAACUUGCGCCUGUAGACUAGAAAAGCAUGAACUGUCUGAGUAUUCAAUUAAUUAAUUAAUUGCUUUGUUUAGCAAAAAUAUGGUUGCGAAGCAAUUUGCAUUACUGCUACUCAAUUUGCAAUUUGUGUAGCAAUACCGCUACGCAAAAAAAGAAAAAGUAAAUUAUGCCUUGUCAUACAGCAGAAAGACCAUUUCCGGGAACAUGAUUGUGUCAGUAAGGCUCACGUGAUCUGAUUGCAAGUCAAAAAACAUUCCACGUGGUGAAUGAAAUUCUUGAAACGGCCCCAUCAGUUUUUAAGUUAUGAAACGUUCUUAUAGAUGUUAAAUUGUAUACGGAAAUAUGUACUAAUCUGAAUAUCAAGUAAUGAGAUUUGUUUUCAAAAAGUUGCAAAAAGACAUCCAGCUCUACCUAUCGGUUUCCGGAAAGUCUUAACUGUCACCCAACAGGGACAUCGCCACCAGUCUGGUUGAAACCGGACCACUUUUCAAUAUUUGUACUUUCACCAACAGACCAUUCCCAGCAACUUCCAGAAUAGGGCAUAGCUGAUUAA